GGCUGAUGCUGUCAUCAGGCUGACCGGUCGCUAAUGUCUGUCAACUGUAAAGAAAAUCAUGGCCUCUGCGUAGUAACAUUAGUCGCUUGGAGUCUGUAAUGUAACUUGACGCUCAACAAGAUACCAGACCCGAACAUGUGAGCGCAUUACUUAAUAAUUGUGUCCGUUUUAGAACAGCUAACUGGCGUAACUACAACCGGAACAGCAGAAGAAGAAGAUGACGGGUUGGAGCGCCGGUCCGUUUCUGCUCGCUGUCCUGCUAAUUUUGACUGUAUGUGUGGUGAAACCAACAUCUGAGUUUGACCCAUAUCAAGUUCUGGGUGUGAGCAGGAGUGCCAGUCAAGCAGAAAUCAAACGGGCGUACAAGAACUUGGCCAGAGAAUGGCACCCAGAUAAGAGCAAAGACCCCAAAGCUGAAGAUAUGUUUAUUAAGAUUUCUAAAUCAUAUGAGAUUUUAUCUAACGAGGAGCGAAGGUCCAACUUCGAUCGUUUUGGGCAAAUGGAUGAAAACCAGCCGUUCAGCCAGUCGCAGCGUCACGGUUUCCGCAACUUUCACAGCAGUUUCUACUUCGAUGAGUCGUUUUUUCAUUUCCCCAGGUCCAGGGAUUUUGCUGACAGCAAGUACAUGCUUCACCACGCGCAGUAUAACAGUGACGUUCUGCCAGACAGCUAUAGGAGGCCGUACCUAAUCAAAGUGACUUCUGAGUGGUGCUUUGCAUGUAUGCACAUUGAGCCUGUGUGGAAGCAGACUGUGCAGGAGCUGGAACCUCUGGGCGUGGGUAUUGGCAUUGUGGACUUGGGUUAUGAGCGCCGCCUAGCCAAUCAGCUGGGAGCUUAUCGGGCUCCCUCCAUCAUCGGGCUGGUGAACGGCAGGAUGACCUUCUUCCACCAGGCUGUGGUACGAGAACACCUGCGACAGUUUGUGGAAGAUCUGCUGCCUCAGAACCUGGUGCAGAGGAUUAACGAUAAUAACUGUCGGACUUUUCUUGAUGACUGGCAUGCAGAAAACAAGCCCAGUGUUCUCUUGUUUGAUCAAGUCCCUGUUGUGCCUCUGCUCUACAAGCUGACAGCUUUUGCCUUUAGAGACUAUGUCCGCUUUGGUCAUGUGGAUCAGGGUGACGCACACAGCACUAAGCUCCUGCAGCAGUUCAACGUUAACACCUACGCUCCCACCAUGCUGCUGUUUAAGGAGGACACAGAGAAGCCGGUUGACAUCAUCCAGGCCAGAGGAAUGAAGAGGCAGCUCAUGGACGAGUUUGUCUCCAACAACAAGUUCCUGCAGGUGCCUCGGCUGGUCAGCCAGCAGCUUUUUGACGAGCUGUGUCCUGUUAAACAGUUCCACAGACGAAGGAAGUACUGCGUCCUGCUCAUUACUGGAGAGGAUGAAGCUUUUCAUCCUGGUAAUAAGGCUUUCCUGGACUUUGCCUCUGCUAACAAAAAAGACGUGCUACGGUUUGCGUAUGUCUACCAGCAUCAGCAGCAGCCUCUUUGUCAGGCGCUUCUGCACAACCAUGCUCCCAUUUCACCUCAGGUGGUGAUUCUGGAGAGACGGAGCCAGGCUGGACGGGUCCUGUACCGCUCGGUGAGCGGCGGCUGGAACGGCAGCGAGGAAGACGAAUCCCGCCUCCACGAACAGCUGGAGCUCCUUCAGAAGGACCCCACCUACCUGACCUCGGACACCACCUUACCGGAGCUCAACAACGAGAUGGCCCCCAUUUUUAUCAUUCAGUGGAUGAAUGCAGCUUAUGAUUACGUCCUUCAAAUGUAUGAUGGCCUCCUCUACUCCAACUGGCAAGAGAUGAUGCCCAUUCUGUCCUUGAUCUUCUCGGCUCUCUUUAUUCUUUUUGGCACUGUAAUCAUUCAGGCUUUCAGCGAGUCUGGUGAGAGCGCACCUCGCAAACCAAAAGAGCAGCCCGCGAGGCAAACUGAGGAGGACGCAUCAAGCAGACCGAGUACCUCAAGCCGUCCUCCAAAGAAGGACUUUGUGGAAGUGACAGAGUUAACAGACAUCACGUACGUCAGUAACCUGGUAAAACUAAGACCAGGUCACAUUAAUGUUGUUCUGGUGCUCACCAAUGUCUCCAAAAAUGCUCUGCUGAGGAAAUAUGCCAAAGAGGUUUUCUCCUUCUCUGGCACCCAGACCCUUCACUUCUCCUUCCUCAACGCUGACAAGCACCGCCACUGGAUGCCUUCGCUCCUUCACUCGGCCUAUCUUGGAGAAAGUGGCAGCCGUUCAGAGGACGAGGAGUCCUCAGAUUACGCCGGCCACGUCCUGGCUCUCAACGGCCACAAGAAAUACUUUUGCCUUUUUAGACCAGUUUUCACGGGAGACGAUCCCAGCGAUUCGUCAUCCGAGACCUCAGUUUCUUCCGAGAGCAAGAGAAAGUCCCGCUCCAGGUCCAGGACGAGCUCCCACUCCCGAUCCCGGUCCCAUUCCAGGGAGGACGGGGCCGUACCCAGAAGGGGCUCGAGUAGAGCUACUAGCAUAGAAGUCCACCACAAGCUGGACAGGCUGGGUCUGUGGAUGGAGAGGCUGAUGGAGGGGACGCUGCCCAGGUUACACGUCCCUGCAUGGCCCACGCUCAGCCAGGACUCCACAGAGAGCUGAGGUCCAAACAGCUGGUGUGGGUCGCAGCGCAGGCGAUGGCUGUCGUCAACACCUGGUGGGUCGUAGAGGAACACCAGUGGAUAGAGCAGCAAAACACUCUGCAGCUUUUGGACUUCAACAGUUUACACACACAACUGUCAAAAUGUGCAGACGCAUUCCUGUGUCCCCUGCAUACUGAUGUUUUCUAAGUCCAUAAGGAACUCACAUGCACAUUCACAAGCGUCAUUCUGUUUCUUUAGCUGUGCCAGAAUGUUGACACCACAUCUGUACAGGCGCGAGCAGAGUUAUCAUCAGAGAAGACAUUUGAGUGUGAUUAUUAUGUGGACUCAAUUCAGUAAACAAACAA